AUGCACACCAAAAGCUCCCUCCGUCUUUCUUUUGCCCUCCUGCUCCUAUUGGUUGUAGAGACACUUGCCGAUGACGACGAUACUGAUUUUCUCAUGAAUGUUUUCUCCGACCUUGGCCCCGUCCUCGCAUUGUUUGGCGAGCAAUUUGCUCGCCAAUUCCUGAGUGAGACCUUUACCUGGUACAAUCAUGUUAUCUUCGCGUGCGUUCCGUUGGGUAUCAUGAGAGCAAUUGCCGGUGCCAUUCGAGUACAAGGCCACAAGUUUCUCAAGGCCUUCAUCGGCCGUGCUCGCGAGAAUAAAGCAGCUGCGGAGAUUGAAUACAUGUCUUCCACUUCAGCCAAAGUUGGUGAACUGUUCAAUGGAAGAGGCAUAGUGCGAACAAUGGGCCAGCCCGAGAUUGCUCAGUUUAUCGUAUUCCCUGACGAACUCCCGAAGGAGAAGAAGGGGGCGCAGAAUCAAUCAUACACUCAAGUCCGCAUCUCAAGAAGGCAUUCUAUACAAGGCUAUUGCGAUGAGCUUGAUCUAGCGGCACAAAAUUGGUUGAAGUCAUUCAAGCACACGGAGACUCGCAAAAAAGGAUGUCGAGCAAGCAGAAGACCAAUUUGGCCCAUCCAUCUCGAGAAUCCCAUUGACUCACUAAAAUCACCUAAUCUACACCUGAACAUUGCAACCGGAAAGAUAUCGCCGAGAAGGAGAAGUAUUGAACUACACUUGGCCGCCAUUGUUGCAGUUAUUCUUCAGGCUUCCCUUCUCAUUAUAGCUGCUGUCGUCCCUUACCGUGCUCAGGGCUACGAGUCUCAGCCUUGGGGACUUCCCUGCUACAUUGGCGGCUCAGUACUUCUUUUCAUUGGCAAGCUGGCAUGCUCUGUUGCCAUUGAGCGAAGCACCAAGGAGUUCAAAUGGCGGCCGAGCUCAGGCAUCAAUAAUGAGACGCGAGAUUCUUCUGAAGUCCGACCUCAAUCCAUGGGUUUGUUUUGGGUACAACGGACGCAGCGCGUCAGUGACCAGGACUUCGAUUCCUAUGUGAUCUCUUCCCGAAAUAAGCAGUUUAUAUCAACUUCUAGUAGGCGAGAAGAUGUCCUCUCGGGAAAGAGCAACAAAGAAAACAAAGGACUCAAGAGAUUGGAGUCAGACUUUCUGGCAGUAACUGCGAUAUUUGCUGGUGGCGCCGGUUUCACAAUUCAGUUCAUUGGCCUCAGGGGACUACCAUUGCCUUGUGCUGUUGCUCAGCUCGGUGCUAUCAUCGCCAUAGCUAUCAUCAGAGCCCUAGUUUGUCAAAGGCUCGGAGACGAUCCGAACUAUUGCGCUGCACCUUCUCGGUAUGAGCUAGAUCUCCUCGCUACUCAACUCGUCAACUCCUCGAGCCCGCGUCCGCCUAAUCAGCCACUGAAGCCCUGA